AGUAAUAAAUUGAAGUACUGAUUACACGGCGUAGCUGUACUUAUAAUGAUUAUUAUACCUAUACAAUGCAAUAGGUAUUACAUGAGUACAUUAUUUACCCGUUAAUUCCAUUGUUGUUUCAUCGAGACUCGUCAUAUUAUGUUAAUUAGGGAUUUCGUAGUUUCCACCGCUACUACUUAAAAGUAAUACAUAUUAUAAUAAUCGCAGGCCACCGCUAACGUCGUUGGUCUAAUACCUAUUAAUAUUACAUUAGUGUUUUAUCACCGAGAAAUGGAAGAUUAUAAGUUUUUAUUCAAAGUGGUUCUCGUGGGCAAUGCAGGUGUUGGAAAAACAUGUUUGGUUCGUCGAUUCACUCAGGGAAUGUUUCCUCCGGGCCAAGGUGCUACCAUCGGUGUAGAUUUUAUGAUUAAAACCAUUGAAAUUGACAAUGAAAAAGUCAAACUUCAAAUUUGGGAUACUGCAGGCCAAGAAAGAUUCCGUUCUAUAACUCAAAGUUAUUAUAGAUCAGCGCAUGCAUUAAUACUGAUAUACGAUAUAACAUCACAACCGACGUUUGAUUGUCUCAACGAUUGGCUUAGAGAAAUCGACGAAUAUGCUAACAAUAGAGUUUUAAGAGUUUUAGUUGGUAAUAAAAUAGACAAAGAAGACCGUGAAAUACCAUCUCACGUUGGUCAAGAUUUUGCUCAGCGUCACGAUAUGCGUUAUUUAGAAACAUCGGCCAAGCAAGCUGAUAAUGUUGAAAAACUAUUUGUCCAAAUUGCUUCAGAAUUAAUGGAGCAAGCUAAAUCCAAAGGAAUGCCGACCGAGAAUCCACAGUCGUUGCCAUUCAACACGAGGACAACUAGAUCAAUCAAUGACUUUUGUUGUAACCGUUGAAAGUAUUAAUUCGUCAGUAUUAUUUUUUAACUUAUAUAAAUGUAUCAUUGUUGUAACGCUAAUUACAGGGUAACUUGUAAUUUUACUGAUCCCUCUGAGAAACUAUUCGAUAACCAAUUGUUUUUAUUAGUUACCUGGCAGUUGAGCUCGAUGAGCUAGUUUGGUACUGGUUAAUACUGUAAAUCAAUACCGAAUUGGCCAUCAUAGUUUUGACUUACUAUUUCCAAAAUAUUAUUAUUAUUUUUAGUCAACGUGGUUGUACUUAAUUUAUGCAUAAUAUUAUUAGGUAUUAUUAUAACAAAGCAGUAUGCUCAAUCCUAGUUUGUUCGCUGUGCGUUUGAUUCGAUUAAUUGUUAGUUACUAAGUAAUCAGCAAAAACAUAAUAUUACGAUUAUUAUUAUUAUUAUAAAAUUAACUUCCUUUUUUUAUUGAGCUUGUUAUGAAAUACGUCGUUUUAUUCUUUAAUAUUCGAAACUAAUAAAUUUGUAUUUGACUCAGUAUUAUGUUUACCUUCAAUUGUGUGUCUAAGGCAAUUUUAUUUUUACGCUUAUUUUUUAAAUGUAAUAAAUAGAACAAUUUUAGCAUAGAUCAAACAUAGUAAUUAUUUUAUUUAAUAAAUGUAGAAAAGUGUAUGGUUUAGGUUUGUUAUGCCUUUUAUGAAGAGAUAACGUAUUUGACGUUUUAAUAGCUCUUUAAUUAAAAAUGUAUUUUUACGUACAUUACAUGUUUCAAAAACAAUAUUUAGUUAAACGUGUUUACUUACCUUAGAACAAAAAUAUUAUACAUAUAUAUAUAUAACAUAAUAUUAUUGGUUAUGUUUUUUUUUUUUAAUAUAAAUCAGUGCAAUACCUUGUAAACUACUAGUGGCUGUAUUAAUUAACGUUAUAAAUACUAAUAAUAGUAUAUUUAUAUAUUGACUAUUACAUAAAAUAUGUUUUUACACAAAUUGUUUGAUCAUUUCUUUUUAUAUUAUUUUUUAUAUAAUAAUAUUAUUAUCUUAACAUUUAUGUUCUUGCCUCGUUAUAAACUUUACGUCAUCAGUGUUGUGUUAAUUUUUUUACUUUAUUUACAUUUUAUAAAUGACAUUUCAAUUGUUUUAUUACUUUGACAUUUGACACACUAACCACUUUUUUUUUAACUACUCAACUAUAACCAUUAAAAAAAAAACCUCUCAUCAAAAUUAACUUAUAUAUUCUAUAAACACUUUUUUUUUUAUAAGGCCAAUGUUAAAUGUAUUUAUUGUUAAAUUAAUGAACAUUUUGAAAAGUAUAUAUUUCAUGUCAAUAAACAAAUGAGAACAAUCACAUCAAUAUAUAAAUAUUUAUAUAUCUAAUUCAUUUUUUUUUUUUUUUUUGUUGGUGUAUGUAAAUAAAUUAUUUAUGUGUAAAUCCUUAGUUUUUCUUUAUUUAUUGUGCAAUAACAAAAUAAUACAAAUAUAAUUCAAUUUUGUGUUUAUCAAAAAAUGGUUACUUAUAUUAUUAAUUUGGCUAUUAUAUACUGUUGUAUUACUUAUUACUAACUUGAAUUCAGAAUGAUUUUUUUUAUAAAAGUAAUGAAAUGGCUGGUUGAAAAAAAACAACAUUCACUAUAACGUGAUACAUAUGAUGUUACGCUAAAAUGUUAUAAUACAUUAAAAAACAUUAAAAUUGGCUCAAUCAUACUCCUUCGGUCUAUCAAAUUUUUUACUUGUAACUGUUAUGAAAUCC